UGACUAAAAUAUAAGACUAAAAAAAAACAAAAAAGUGACUAAAAUAUAAUUUCAAUAAAAAUAGAAAAUUAGUUUCCAAUUGUGGUGUAAAAUAAUGAAAAUAAAUUAUCAAUGCAGUUGAUGAAAUGAAACGAAUUCUUCUUCCGUCGGAAACUGUGAUUAAAUAAUUAAACGAAUUUUUUUCGAAAAUGUGCGUUUUCUCUGAAAAAUUGGAUAUUUGAAGAGUACUUCAACCGUGCUUGUAGUGAUUGUGUAAAAACAUUCCAGGAAUAUAUCUUUGAGAAAAAAAACUAUUUAUUCAAUUUAUUUAAUCCAAAAGGAUUUUCACAUUUUUUCCACUUUCCGCCUCUAAUUCAUAAAUUUACUACAUAUUUACAUUUUUGUAAAAAAAAUUUUAUAUAAUCGAAUUCCAUAAAUUUUUCAUUAAUACACGAGAUUUGCUAAAUAUGGAUUUUAAUUUUCUUUUUCCAAUAUAAUACUUUUUUUUUUUUUUGAAGAAAAGAAAGUAUGAUUUUCAAUUUUUCCUAUACUUUUACUCGUCUUCUCUGCUAAUCAGCAAGUUCGUCUUUUGAAUUCUCAUUCGUUGAAUAGACUGAUGUCCUACUUACGAGAUACGUAUGCAAAAAAAAGUGAUCGUAUUUUUAACAAGAAGAGUAUGAAGGAAAAGAGAAGGAAGAUGAAGAAGAAGAACGACACGAAUUUCACAGGCAGUCUUGGACGUUUAGAGUCAAAAAAAAAAGUCUUUUCUCUGAGUUCUUCCUUAUCCUAAAGGGCUUCUAUGCCUUUAACAUCCUGAGGAAAAAGCUUUUCUCUCUAUAUAUAUUCUAAAAUGCUAGAUAUACUCGGGAAAUUUGAAGGAGAGAAAUUUUCAAGAUUUUUGAAUUUGAUAUUGUGAUAGUGCGUCGUCGUCGUCGCACAUCUUUAUUUAAUCAUGCAAAAAGAAUAUCAUCUUUUAUUUUUCGCUGUGACAAGAAUAUAUUUUUGGUAUUUUCUCCUCAACUUUUUGUUGGAAACCCGAAUGUACCACCAGGAAAGAUUUAUGGCAUAACUUCUCUAAGAACGGUACUUUACUUGAAGGGAGUUUCAACUCCGGUUGAGUUGAGUUUUGGGUAAGGUUGCACAACUAAAGUACUGACUGACCGAUACCGAAACAUCCUGCUGAAUUGCCAGUUUGGUACAAGAAUUUGUGUUCCUGGCUGAGUGGUGCCGAUCCCUGAGUGUGGACGAUGAUGCAGAGAUUCUGAAGUUCCAUCUUUCGAGCACACAUUUCUGUACCAUGCCAACGUCUAGCUCUUCAACGUCUAGUCAUGCAAGAGAAGGGAACUAUUUUGCAAAUAAAAAUCAAUUAAGGAUUACGAAUAAAUCUGCUAUUGAAAGAGAAAAUAGAGAUGAAAGAACGGCAAAGCCAAUGAGAUUUGAAAGAUCUUGUGUUAAAUUCAAAAAUCACUAUUCGCAGGAAGGUGAUGAAGUAAAUCUCUCGAAAUGCUGUCAAGACAAGCUGAAGGAAUCAGAAAUGGAAAAAGGUCAUUUCAGUAAAUCUAGACGUAGGUUGUUCCAAGAUUCGACUUUCGAGCAACUACAGAAGAAGACCGAUAAAUUUUUGAGUAGAGGAAGCAAAAGAGGUCAAUGUACUUCAUCCACCUAUUUCAAGUGCAGACACCAAGACCAGGAGUAUCGUUCCAACAACUUAGAAAACUCCAAGUUAUGGGUACCAACUUCCUUAAAAUUACGAAGGUCAACACCAAAACCCACAUUCUCAGAUGCGAGGGAAAGACUUCUUUCUUGCUGUUCAAAUUGCUCGUGUUGCAGCAAAACAGCCAAAUGGGAAAAUCCAAACAUUUCAGAGAAAUUUAAUCCAUUAAAUUCAGAGAGAGAUUUAAGGGAAUCAAAGUGCGGAACAUGCAAUUCAUGCGAUCAUUUUUAUGAUGAAGUUACAGAGGGCAAUGGAAAAGCUGUCAAUAUUUCCUCUUCUGAAUCUUUAAGUAGUGGAAGGAAUGAUACUUUUUCCGAAGUGGAUAAUAAAUUAAAUAAUGUUCGUCGAGUUCUUUGCCUCGAUGAACUAAAUGAACAUGUCACAAAAGCCUUAAAUGAAAUGUUCAUGAAACUGUGUCCUGUUGAUAUUGCUUGUUUUAAUUCCUAUAACUAUAAGACUGCUGAUGAUAAGAAAGAACACGGGAAGAGGAUAUCCGCUUCGAGAGACGGAGAAAACAAUUUUAACAAACAAGAUUAUAGUACGAUCGUUGAAGUGACAAAUGAAAAAGAGAAUCGACAAUCCGGAGAUUCAACUCAAGACAAAACUACUACAGUCGAAGAUGACAAUUUCAGCCAGUUCGGAGCGGAAGUCACGAGAGUAUUGAAGGAAUCUAACAGGGAGAAAGCGUUGAGAUUGAAAGCUGCGAUCAAGCAAACUCUUGAGUCUGCAAAGAAGGAAGGUUAAGCAAAAUCCUUGUGGUAAGAAAAUCGAAAGGAAUUGUCUUUUAGACUUUCAUACACACUUGAAAUUCAACAACUUAGAAAAUUUAAACUUCAAACAAUCAUUUUUCUUUAUAUAAUUGAUGUUCUUUUUUAAAGAAAGAAAAACAAAAUGUAAAUAAAAUCCUUUGUUAUUGUUAUUUAU